ACAGCCUGGUUGAUCACCCUCUGCCUGAGAGUGUCACAGUUUGACAGUGUGUGUGAGUGUGUAGGUGUUUCUGUGGGCAGAGCGAGUCUAUUUCUGGCCCUGGGCUUGUGAGUCCUGUUGCUCUCUCGUGUUUGAAUACAUUUUUUCUUCAGUUCAAAUCAAUUGGAAAACCGUUUUGUUUGUUCUUUCGAAUGGGCACCAUGAUGAGGGAAACAGAUCCAGUGGGGACAGAGAUUGACCUAGGAGACUCUGAUGAUGAAGACCUGGAUGAGGACCGUGAGGAGCCUCAGCUGCUAUGGAAGGCUGAACUGGGGGAUGGGAUGGAUGAAGAGGAGGCUGUGUCCCCGUUAGUUGACGUUAGUGACACCAAGCCCCUGCUGAAAGAAAGAGACCCUAGAGGAGUCAACGACUGUCUGAAGGUGACCUUUGAGGAUGUGAUAGCGGAGCCGGUGUCAGUGCGUAGCGGAGACAGAGUGUGGAUCUGGAGUAAUGCCCUGUUCGAGGUCACCAGGGUCUGGAUCUACCGGAUAGUAACUGUCUUGCUGGCCGUCCCUAUAUCCAUCAUCACUGCACUGCUCUUCGCCAUCCUCAGCUUCCUACACAUAUGGUUCUUCAGCCCAUUCGUCCAUUACAUCCUUAUUAUCACAUACUGGCUGCAGAGCCUAUGGAGCAUCGUACUGGACAUUGGUGUCCGCCCAUUCCUCACUAGUGCUGCAAGGUGCCACAGUGGAAUCAGACUUCGCCUGACACAGGAAUGAAGGAAUGAUAGAACUUCACACAGAGAUAAUGGGAAAAACAGGAUUGGGAAUAUGGGAUUGUUUAUAACAUUACCCUACUAUGGAAUGCCCUCUGGGGAGACUGUUAGGGCUGGACUAAGCUUUGUGGGAUGCUCUAGGAUCCGACCAGGGGCACAACUACAGGCCUUUUGGUGGAUCGUGGGACCUUACUGCUGAACUGAGAUCAGUGUGAUUGAUCAAGACUGAGGAAAAGUGUUUAUCAAGCUCCAACAAGAAGAUUGGUUACCUAUUUGAGAAGUUGUCACGAGUGAAGGUGAAAAGGAGAAUGUGUAAAGGAUGCACAAUCAUUUAGGGUAAAAUUUGUAUGUAGUAUAAACUGGAAGUGUGCUUUGAAGUGUACUUUUUCCGCAUGAUGUGAUAGCGUUAGAUGAUUCACUUGUUUGAUGACCACAUUUAAUAUAAUUCAGAUACAGCACUGUAAUAUAGUGUUAUCUUUAUCAAAUCUGGCCACACAGUUCAAAAUGUGCCUCCGCUAUUUUUGUUGUAUUCGAGAAAAUGUCAAGUUUAUCUUCAUCUAUUCUGAUAAAAAUGAAAUAUAUCUUAAAUAAAGUGUCAUGGAUUAUGAUCAAUA